GAUCACAUCGCCUUGAUAUGGAUCGAGAGGCUAUGUCCCGGUGACAGACGAAUUAUCUUUCGAGGCUUACUUUGGUCUACUUGGCUUCUGUGCUCGUCCGACAUCACAACUAGUAAUCGAUAUUUACUAGCGACUAACAGGUGGAUUGAUUAUUCGAGGCGGGAAAAAUAAACACAGUUUAGCAAAAUGGCGUCGAAUGGACCGCCCGGAGGACUUUCUCUCUUCCCUAAUACGACGAGGUCGCCGUCUCGGAAGCCGACGCCUCGAGGGCGCGCCGCCACUCCUCAAUCGGCAUCUCAGGAGCAGGGCUUUUCCUUUGAAAUGACACCACCGAGAAAUGGUCGUCGUACGCCAGAAGACCUUUCGGAGUUCGUGAUUGACGGAUCACCGGCGGGGACUGGUGGGUUACAGCUGUCUUCUAAUAACCCAUAUUACCAGAGUCAGGCAGGGCCAUCAGUAUCGAGACCAAUACCGGCGUCAGAAGUGCCGCCUCGAGCAGACACCGCGUUUUCUGGGGCGAGUACGCUGGUAAGAAGCGAUAGCGGACGAUCACGAAACUCAAUUGCCAAAAGGCCCUUCGCAGAACAAUCCGUACCAGAUGUACCGGAACCAGCCAUCCGCUCGAUAUUCCCACAAUACGACCACACUCUACCCUUUGACCGUCAAGAAUACUAUCCAACUCAGACGAGUCCGACCCACAUACCGAGGACUGUUAUUAGCAGACAGUCUCAUGUGCCUAACGCCCAGAGUCCGCCAAUUCGGAGUCCCUUAAGAAGUCCUCUCAGCGCCGGCUCUACGCAAAGGUGGCCUAGACGGCCCCAGGAACCCCCUAUUAUACCCCCGGUGAACACGACGGAGGAGCUUCGUGAUUUCUGGAAAGUAGCGAAUGGAUGGAAGGCGUCCGCAGCAGAGGGGCGCAUGUUUUGUUUGAAGUUAAUACCCGAGAAAGAUACCCCGAUUUACAACCUUACUUCUUCUUCCACGCAGCCUCUCUACCACAUGCGCAUAGACCCGACGUCAGCAAGCGCAUAUGUGACUUUAAGCCGGCACGACCCAAGUAAGCCCUAUAAGAGGAAGGAACCGAAUGCGAGCCCGAGGUCAUCUGGUGGUAUCCUAGGGGCGCUUCGGGAACCCGAAUCGAAAGUGUGGCAGGAAGCGCUAGCGACGACGCUAGAAGAGCCAUCACGCCGUUUGCCGCCUAAUGACGGUUUAGUCUCGCUGUUGUAUCCCAGCGCGGCAACAAAAGUGGCUUUGGAGAGGGCUGACGAUAUGCAGGCCGUGAUGGCUGCGGAGCGGGAAUGUGCACGGCUGGUCUGGGAUGAAGACAGUCAGAACUAUUUCUUGGUGCAUCCGGCCCUUGCGACACCCUUCUGCAUUACUAUAGACAGGAAUCCGGCAUGGAGUCGCACGGAGUACACAGUUGAACAUAUCGAGUCGCCGCAUCAUAUCGCGAAGCUGACACGAGACGGAACCGGCGAGGGCUGGAUGGAGCUGGACACUCUCGUAGCAGGGCGCAUCGAUAGCUUUUACAUCAUAGAUGUGGCAGUGUGUGCGUUACUUCUUGUUGCCAAUAUUGACGAGAAGAACGUGCUCGUCGAACAUUUCGAACCGCCGCCACCGGCACUCCUACGGAAAUCGAGCUCUAAUCCUGAUUUUCGCAGGAGUAGCAGUCGACUUAGCGCUAAAAUACUUGGGAAGAAAGGAAACAAGAAGCGAGGGCGUCUCGAGGAGCUGGAGCUGGAUCUUGAGAGUCAGGCGAGUAGUUUGGGCGGCAAGCUGAAUAUUAAGGACAAGGAUAAAGACCAACUCCCGGGGACAACGCGAACGAUUGUAAAGUUGCUUGGUUUUGGAUUCAAGUGCGUUAUCUGGGCCCUUACUCUGGCGUUUAAGGCUCUUAUGGCUGUCGUAGUGGGCUUGAGUAAAUGCCUAACCAGCGAAAAACUUUAAGCAUGGCAUGAUGAAUACGGAAUCAGAACUGGGAGUUAAAGACAGCAAUAGAGGGAAAAGAGGGGGGAUAUGGGAGGGAAAUUCGAAGCGUGAUACCUACUAGAGGAUACGAUACCUAUUACCAUUAUCACAGAGCUCUAUAUGGAUACCUAGUACAUAUUAAUGAAGAAGGCCGGCCGUUUCCUCUUCUAUAGGCGGGCUGCAGGACAUAAUGAGAGCUGAUUAGGAUU